AUGCUUGGCAAUGACGAACCCAUGGCCGAAUAUCGCAACCCACUGCGGGGAAAGCUGCUCGGCAAAGACCUGGUGGUGUGGCGGAACAAGGAGGAGCGCUGGUCGUGCUUUGAUGACCGCUGCCCUCACAGAGCGGCACCACUCACCGAGGGCAGAAUAGAGGACGACGGCUCUCUCCUUUGUGCGUACCACGCGUGGCGUUUCGACGCCGAUGGCAAGUGCCUGAGCAUCCCUCAGAGCGACAGGGGAGGCAAGGACGAGGCCCAGCCCAAGGCGUGCGCGAAGGUCUACCCCACACAGGUGGCUCAGGGUAUGGUCUGGGUGUGGGGAGAGAAUGGACCGGACGCGGGCCUGGAGAGCGCGCUCACUCCCGCGCAGCUGAUUCCCGACCUCGACGAUAAGGAGGGAGUCGAGUCCGGCAGAGUAAUGCUUGCCAGUGUCGGGCAAAACGACCUGGCGUACGGCUGGGACACGUUCAUGGAGAACGUUGUUGACCCGUCACACGUCACCGUGUCCCACCACGGUAUCGCUGGCGACCGCUACACGGGGCCCUCGCCGAUCGACUUGAAGCCUUCGGCACGUUGGCCAGUGCCCACGAAGGAUGGAUUUGAGUUCGAGUUUCGCGACGACUCGUUGCCGGCGGACAGCACGGUCACCUUCCAGCCACCGUGCCUGGUUAUCAAUGAAGCCAAAGACUCGGCGGGAAAGCUCCUGCUCAUCAUAUACGGUACACCCACUAGACCCGGCUGGGUCCGGCUUCUCGGCCGUUCGGCUUAUGUGCACACGUUUGCCCCGAAUUCGAAAGAGGCUAAGGUGCAGGCCAAGGAGGACAAGAGAAACGGGGUGAACAAAUCACGGUUGCAAGCUACCGCGAAUGUUGUGACGAAGCUGCCAUCCUGGUUGCAGCACGUCACUGGCAGCCUGUUUCUGCACCAAGACUUGGUUUUCCUUCACUACCAGGAGAAAAUCUUGGCCUCUGCUGGGUGCGACAGCUCCAACUAUGGCCAAGCAGUCUUCGUUCCUGCGGCUGCCGACCGUGCCGUCCUGGCCCUGAGACAGUGGAUCACCAAGCACGGGUCCGGGGGCCCCGCCUGGGACAAGAACUGCGACCGCACCUUGCCCCCGCGCGAGCGCAACCGCGAAGCCCUCUUCAACGUGUACGAGAACCACACGAAGAGCUGCACUAGCUGUCAGGGGGCGCUCAAGAAUGUUAAGAAGAUGCUGACGACAGCCAAGACGGCCGCCGUCAUCUCCUUCACUUGGGCCGUCCUGCGAGGGGCGCGCGCUGUGGGCACCGCGGCGGCGGCGGGAUCGCCGUCGGCCCCGGUCAUAAACGCCGUGACGGCAAGGGCCAUGCUUCCCGCGGUGGCGCUGACGUUCGCGAGCGUAGGGGCUGUCAAGGCCCUCGAGAAGCUACGAGGAAUGUUCUACACCUACUCAUUCCACCACCAAGACAGUCCUUGA